GUCUUAAAUAAUUAUAAUAUAAUACCAUAAUAAUGCCUUUUUAAAAGGCUUGAAGUUACUCUAGUCUGAUGUCAAAUAAAUGCAAGCUCUGUAUGUAGGACUUGAAUGCAAGUCACUAGAUGGGAAAUGUAGACUGUUAAUGUUCCCAGGCAAUGACUUGUAUUUUCAUAGCUUAAUAGAUGACAGAUGAUCCAUGAACUAACAUGUCACACAGCUUUGUUACUACAUUUAUAUAUUUUAACAAGUUUACAAAAAGGUUGAAUUUUCAAAAAUGAAUACUUGUAUUACGUGGAAGAUGACGUUAAAGAAGAUAUGUUGUAUAGGUGCUGGCUAUGUUGGUGGACCAUCUUGUGCCGUUAUAGCCAGUAAAUGUCCAGCAAUACAAGUCACAGUUGUUGAUCUUAGUGAAGAAAGAAUAAAACAAUGGAAUUCUGAUCACCUGCCACUCUAUGAGCCUGGUUUAGAUGAUGUAGUAAAAUCAUGUCGUGGAAGAAAUUUAUCAUUUUCUACAGAUAUAGAUACUGCUAUACAAGAAGCUGAUCUCAUCUUUAUCUGUGUCAAUACUCCCACUAAAAACUUUGGCAUUGGAAAGGGUCGUGCAGCAGACUUGAAGUAUAUAGAAGCAGCUGCUAGAAGAAUAGCAGAUGUAUCUAAAAGUUCCAAGAUUGUUGUCGAGAAGAGUACCGUACCUGUUAAAGCGGCUCAAAGUAUUAGUAACAUUUUACAAGCUAAUGUCAAACCUGGAGUCAAAUAUCAAGUUUUAUCUAAUCCUGAGUUUUUAGCAGAAGGAACUGCUGUUAGUGAUGUAUUAGAUCCCGACCGUGUUUUAAUAGGAGGAGAAAAAAAUAGUCUAGGUCAAGAGGCUAUUGAAGCUCUCUGUUGGAUCUAUGAACAUUGGAUUCCUAGAGAAAAAAUUAUUGUAAUGAAUACUUGGUCUUCAGAACUCUCCAAAUUGGCUGCCAAUGCAUUUUUAGCUCAAAGAAUAUCCAGUAUAAAUGCUAUAUCUGCUAUAUGUGAGGCUACAGGUGCUGAUGUAUCAGAGGUAGCUAAUGCUAUUGGUACCGAUAGUCGGAUAGGAUCGAAAUUCUUAAAGGCCAGUGUUGGUUUUGGUGGUAGUUGUUUUCAAAAAGAUGUGUUAAAUCUAGUAUAUUUAUGUGAAUGUUUAAAUUUACCAGAAGCAGCAGCUUAUUGGCAACAGGUUGUAGAUAUUAACGAUUACCAGAGACAACGAUUUGCUAAUCGAGUUGUAGAAAGUUUAUUUAAUACAGUUACAGAUAAAAAUAUCACAAUAUUAGGUUUUGCUUUUAAAAAAGAUACGGGAGAUACAAGAGAAUCUGCAGCGAUUUAUUUAAGUAAAUAUUUAAUGGAUGAAGAGGCAAGGUUAAGAAUUUAUGACCCUAAAGUUGAAAAAAGUCAAAUAUUGAGAGAAUUAACGCAUCCAUGUAUAUCAGAAGAUCCUAGUAGAGUUUCUAAGUUAGUGACCAUACAUCAGAAUCCUUAUGAAGCAGCAGAAGGUAGUCAUGCAUUAAUAGUUUGUACAGAAUGGGAUGAAUUUAAAACCUUAGAUUAUCACAAAAUCUAUCAGAAGAUGUUGAAGCCAGCAUUUAUAUUUGACGGGCGAAUUAUUUUGGACCAUGAAGCUUUAAUUGAAAUAGGAUUCCAUGUUGAAACUAUUGGGAAACGGUUGUCAAGGAAACCAGUGCAUAGAUCCAUAGCGCCUAGCACUCAGUAGUGUAUACAUUGUAAUAUUGUGAUAGUUUUUAUAUGCAAAACAAUGAAUGAAUGAAAAACAAAACAGUAUUUUAUAGUGCCUGGCAUUCUUUUUAUUUAAUAAAUAAGAACUUUAGCAGCUGGUUAUAAUGCCUCCUGCUCAGCACUGCCCACCAUCAUUUGUCCAUAGUUACAUUGGUGUUUUUUAUAAAACAACCCAAAAUUUAGCAGCAUGGUAUUUUUUCAUAAAGCAAAUUGUGCAUACAAUUUUUAUUUACAAACUGCUGUUAUGUUAUAAAGCACAAUCUAAGUAUAAAAAUAAAAAUUCAUGAAGAAUGAGAAGGUUUUCAACUUACAAUAGCAUCAUAAAUUCGGAUCCUAUAAAUUUCUAAGAGACAUAAAUAUGGCUAUGUGAAAACAAUAGAAACGAAUGUAAAAUGGCCAUAAAGCUAUUAUUGAUCAAUUUGAAAUUUUAGGACUCGAAUCUGUUUCAAUAAAAAUACUUUUGAUUGUGUAUGAUUUUCCAGCCGUAUAUUUAAUAUGAUAUAUGUUGGGAAUUUACUCUGCAAUAGAAUUCUUGAUCUACAGUAAUUAAGUGAUCUAUCAAUACUACCGCAUCACACGGUAGAUUGCCACGAAUAGUCCUCAUGUACCGCUCUAUUGUACAGUAAUAAGAUUUCUACCAUAUUUUCAAACAAAGUUUUUUAAAUUUCUCGCCAAAACUAAGGGACACAACUCAUUGCAUGUAAGCAAAAAAGAUCACAACUUUUGGUUAUCAACAUCGAUUUGGGGUAAUUGUACGGUGUAAUUAAGCUAUUAGAUAUGUAAUCAAAAUAGUUUUCAACGUAUUUUAGAGUUAAUAAAGCGGAUAUAAAUAUUGACACGUGUUCCAAUACUCUUAAAAUGUGUAUUGAAUAAAAUAAGCAAGGGCCGACAUUUUAGUAGACACGCAUACAGCAUCAAAUACAAUAUUUCGAAUACAACAAAACCUGAAACUAUAUUGGGAAUAAGAUGGGAAUAAGUCUCACCAAUUCAGAACGCUCUUUUGAAUAAAUGUAAUAACAGAUUUUCGGAAUCUGGCAGAAAAAAUUUCCAUAGAUCUACAUUGUGAAAUGGCAUUGGGGGGGGGGGGGCCUGAUUAAAUUGAAUGAUGUCAAUAUUACUAUUAGGCGUUUUGCAAAACAAUUUUCUAUAAAGUCUGAUAAAAGCACACCAAGCCAAUUAUCUAAAUUGACAAAAAACUCCAGAAUGAUGAACACAAGCACAAGUGGUAAUUGUAGAUUAUAUUUGACAUUAUUUAUUUCUGUAGACUACAUAUUCAAUUUUUAAAUUAUAGUCAUUUGAUUAAUUACGUAAUUUUAUAUGGUUACCAUUGCUUGUCUUUAUUUUAUAUCUUAUUACCCAUUUAAACUAAUUAUUUAACAAUUUAAUCCAUUUUUUGUGUCAUUGGGCCUACUUCAUUGUAUCAUUUCUAUAUUAAUUACCCUUGGAAGUGCGAAUUUAUGCGCUUUGAAUUUACUGCCAAAUCAUGGUUUCUACUUUUUACACCACCCUACUGCAUUAAUUGCAGCUCUUAGGGGUUGACGGGUCUUGUAAUUAACAUGUUUAUGGAUACAUCAAAUACUCCUAAAUAUAAGGUCAUUUUAAAGGUUUUCUGGUAUUAAUUAAUCUUAAAAGGGAAUUGCUCAGUUGUAGUUCUUGAUGGCAUAUUGACCAAAUGAGAAGGCCUUUAAAGAUUUCAUUACUUCAUGCAUACAAAUAAUUUAAAACCAUAAUCCAUUUUAGCCUUCAAUGUGAAUUCAAUUUUUGCAUUCAAUGUAAACUCCAUUUUUAAAUUUAAUGUGAGCUCCUAUUUUGCUUUCAUGUUGAUUCAUAUUGGCCUAUAUGUCAUCAUACUUUUGUUAUGUAAUAAAACUUGAAAAUUAUAUACUCCCUAUAUGUGAUCAAAGAGAACAUUUAGGCCACAAUUUUCUAAACCAUGACAAAGUUUAAAUAGUUUUAUAUCAUUUUUACUUAGACUGGAUAAUGUUUAUCAAAACAUCUUCCAGUCUUUAUAUUGUCAAUAUUCAGUAUUGUGUUUUAUGUUAUAGAAUUUAAAGGGGCCAACCUUAAAGAGGCAUUAUUACUCUCACCAAAAAGAAAAAAAAAAGGAGUCAAUAAUGAAUAUAUUCAAAAUAACAUUAGACUUCUCUGAUUGUCAAAAAUCCAUGCACAGAUGCACCUAGAGUUAGGGUUGUUUCACAAGUUUGUGUCAAUGGACCUUGAAAAUUACAAAAGCUUGGGAAUAGCUGGGCAGGCUUUAGUCAAAUUUUGCUUGCUAUUUAAUAUAAAGAUAUCUGGUGUACCGUAUCUGUAAAGUCUUCCGAAGUGCUAAUGCCUCUUUAUGAAAAUAUUCAAAUUACAACUUUGUCCAACUUUUUUUAAAUUGACACAAACCAAUGUUGUAGUGGUUUAAACACUUGAUCCUUGAUUAUCAAGUACUUGUUAGUCUAGAUUGUUUUGUCUUAAUAUGUGUGAUCCUGUCGAAGAAAGCAGGAGGCUAUUAAAAUGGGUUCAUUCAUCAUUGCCUCUGUCACACCUUUUGAAACAGAAAAACUGGUAGUUUUGAGAUGCAAGCUAUAAAUAGCCACAAUAUAUUAUGUUUUAACACUAUGCAAAUAUUGGAUGUGACUGUAGAUUUAUUAUAAUGUUAUUAGUUAAAGCCGCUGAUUGUCACGUGAGGGAUUUGCAAACUACAAUAUUAUCAAAAUUAUAUCUCUGUAAAGGGAUAUCAGUCCAAAAACGGUUCAAUUCGGUUCAUUAUUUACAAAGAUAUCUGGAAUGGAAAAUUUGUCAUCAUUUGGCAUCCUCUGCAGACAAUAUAAAUGGUAUAUCAUCAGAAGAAGUCGGGGCCGCCUAUAGUCUUUGCUAAUAUUUUUUGAAUGGGUCUCUUUUUUACCUGAUUGAAUCCAAGCUGGAUUGAUAUUUUGAUAUUGUUUUCUUAAUUAAAAGUUAAACAGGCAUUAUGUAAGAGCUAAAUCUGCCUUAUUGCCGGCCUUUCUUUGGGCCUUAAUAUAUAUAAAUUAUUAAUUAGACAUUUAUUAACAUGACAAGACCAUAAUUAACUCUCAAUGCCAUUGGAUGGCUCCGAUUUUAAGUAGAUUAGAACAGUUCAACCAUUUAAUGAUUUAAUUUAUAAAUGGAGAAGCGAGGUUAAGAAUUGAAUGACCAGUUCGGUGGUUAUGAUCAAUGUACACAUCUUGCCAAAACUACAACCAUUGAUAACUUCACUCAAAAUAAAGUAAUUUGAAUGAAAUUUUCAAUAUGUUCCAUAUGUAUUAUCUAUUUUUGAAAUAUUAUAGAGAAAUACAGUCAGCACUUUAUCGAAAGCCUAGCUCACAACCGUGCUGCUACAGACAGUCUACGGGGGAAAUUUUAGUAAACCUGUGCGUGAGACUUAGCCUUCACUUGCCUGUGUUUGGCACGGUCUCUUGCAGCUGGUUUUGCGGCUGGUCUGUGAGAUGCCAAACCCUACGACCCGUGCAUGACAAAAGAGAGAGAGAGAAAUGGGGUUAACAUCCACUCGACACAAACUAGGUCAUUUCGGGACUAAUACAUGGUUUAAUUUUAUUUCAAUAAUUCGCUUGCGCGUAGGGGUCUUUAGCAGUGGGAGGAAACCGGAAGACCCGGAGAAAAGCCCCGAGGUUGGACAGGCGACCCUACACCUUGUCACGUACAACCAGGGAUUCAAAACCAUGUGCUAACCAUUCGGCCAUCCACCGCCCCACCCCACCCGUGCAUGUAACCAGGUACGGUGGGUUGUGAGCUAGGCUUUAAUCUUACAUAAUGGUCCUUUAAAUAAUCAGUUUUAGUGUGGAUUAGGUUGUGAAACAUUAGAUAUUGUCCACAAAAUGCAAAUGACAUUCAGUGACUUUAAUUUUUGUUAUUAUUCUUUUUUUUAUGUGAGGUAUGGUUUCGUACUAAUUACUCUUUGGAAAUCAGAAAUAAUCUUUAAUCAAAAGAGAAAUCCUUUUUAAUUGACAGGUUCACAUACAUUAUUUUAAUGGACCUAAACCUCCUUCAUUUAUGACCAAAAUAUUGAUAGUUUCAUGAUGCACAUACAUGUAUUCAUUAUCUGUGAUUCAUAUUAAACGAUUUCAUGUUAGGUAUAUAUGUUUUAUCAGUAUUUUCAAUUGUGGGAUAACCGUGGGAGCAAUAUUAUUUUGGAAAUUUAUUGAUAUUAUUUUUGAUUUUGUAAAUAAAAUUGGGAACAAC